AUGUCAAUGAGAGAGCCAUUUCACUUCACUGCUUUCGACCUUAUGUCCCUGCUGGCUCUGCGUGAUCGAAUUCGAAUUGUGACAAUAUUCUGGGUAAAUGACGUACUUGCCAAGGGCCGCUUGUUACCUCCUUACGAAAUACUACACUUGCCGUCACCAUUCUCGAGUGAUAUCACCUUUUCAUUUAUCAAAUCUCAGAUAAUCUCUCUCACCGGCUUUGAGGGCAAGGAUCGUUUGAAAGUUGAAUUCUUGAUUCGACAACUGGGUGCAUCGUUUACCGACUAUCUCGAACCGUCGAACACUCUUCUGGUUUGUAAAGCCCCUGAAGGCAAAAAGUACGAAAUGGCGCAGUUGUGGAACAUACCUUGUGUGAACAUCCGUUGGCUGCAGGACAUCUACUUUGGGGACUUGACUGCCUUAGCUCUUGAUUUGCCACACAAAUACCUAUCUUUCGAACCAGCCGACGUGACGACCGCCCUGGAGAGGUGUACACCACGUGUACAGGAAUUAAUGGUCGGGUGGCAGACCCCGAUCCGACUCAAUCAGGAUGUUUGGAAUCGGUUGAACCAAUUGUCAACCGACUUUGCUAUUGAGGAGCGCGAGCGGAAACGGAAGCUCGAGCUAGAAGUAGUCAAUCAGCCGAAGGUCAAGAGAGCUAACUUGGGGAACGGAAUUCCAGUUACUAUAGUGUUAUAUCUUCUGAUUCGCCAAUCUAUGGUAUCUGCUGCUGGCCCGCUCCAGCGCUUAAUGCCGAAAAAAGACUCAGAAGGGAAUACAGCAGCUAUAUUCCAAACAAGCGAGUGCGAGAGCGUGAGUGCUUGCGAGUGCAAAAGUACAACGGUCUCAAGCUAUUUAUUUGAGGGACACCGUCUGAACUUGGUCCAAUGCUGA